AUGGAAUUUGGAAAUAUAACGUACAGAAAACCAAAACGCUCUAGUUCGUUACAAGAUAUGUCAGAUCUCAAUUCCUCUUCUACACUGUUUGACGCAACCGUGGCAAGCUUACCGAAUGCAUCUCUAUAUGAAAGUCAAAAUAAUAUUGAUUUAAAUGAAAAAAUAAAUAAACUGUCGAGUGACUUAUUAAUUGCUCAUCAAGAAAUAGAUAAUCUCAAUAGUGAAAAUACUAGUUUAAAGUUAGAAAUUGAAAAAUACCAAAAAAUAAUUAAAACAUUUAAAAAAAUUACUACAUAUUCCUCAUGUAAUACGACACCUGCAUCAGUGAACAAGAGACGACAAAUUUUGCAGAUACCAGAACAAAAUCUACUGUGUACACCUAUAAACAGAAUAGAAAUGUCAGAGUGCAGUAUUAACGAAAUCAAAGACAAAGAACAAGAAUUAGUCAAUAACAUAGAAAAAACAGAUAGCUCAAAUUGCCUAACACAUCAUGUCACAUUCAUCUAG